AUGAUCUGUUACUCUAAUGCUACUUUGGACGAACUGGAAAGUCGAAUGAACGUUAAAUUCCAAAACAUGGACGCAUUGUUACGAGAACAGAAUGAAAGAAUUCGUAAUCUGGAGAAUACAGUGAAUAUACAAAAAGUGGAAAUAAACGAGUUAACAGGUGAACUUGGCAAUGUCAAAAUUGAAAAUGAUAAAAGACUGCUUCCAAUAAGUAUUUCUACUACUCAAACCAGUUCACGUACAGUAGCAUUUUAUGCGCAAAUGAGUACGACGGCUAGUAAUCUGGGUCAACAUCAAACCUUAGUAUUUGACGUCGUGAAAACGAACAUUAAUGGAGUAUUGAUAGAUACCAGCGCAGAGGAUCAGGUGGUCGGAACCGUCGUUUUUACUGCAAACCAAGGGGAUUAA